AUGAUGGAGGGCCUCCCAAGCGACACAGUCUUGGGCAUCCUGUUGAAGCUAGCGGUGCAAGACCCUCUCUCUUUGCUGCGGGCGACCUUUGCUUGCAAGUGGAUCCUCAGAAAGCAACCCUGCCGUCUGGAGGGAAGCAUUCUUUGCGCCUUGUCGCAGAGAGAUGGGCACGAUUCGGGGUGCAAAGCAAGGUUCACCAAGUCCGGACAGAAGCUUCUAGGUGCAACGUACAGUGAGAUGAUCAAAGACUGGGAGAAAAUCGCACCAGGGGCCGAUGGCACCCGCUUAGUCGAGGACGAUAUCUCCGUGGAAGUCUACGCUUAA